UUUCAAAGAGCAACCCGGAAGCGUCCGCGUUUACCUCGGCGGCGCUAAAAAUGGCGGAGGCUAAGGAAGAGGAUGAGGAGGACGAGAGGCCGAGGCCCACGCCGACCGAGAGCCGCCUGAGGGAGGCCGUCGAGCGCCAAUUGGCGGCGGCGGCCGAGCGCGUCCUGCGGCUGCUGCUGGAGGAGCGGCCGAGCCCGGACGCGCGCCGCCUCAGGCGCCUGCUCGCCGACGCCCUCGCCGCCGCCGUCGACCCCAUCUUCAGCGAGUACGAGGCGGGAGCGAGAGCCGUAGCGCCCGCGGGAGAGGCCGAGCCGGGGGAAGCGGGCGAGGUGAAGUCCUUCUCCCUCCUCCGGCGCGUGGCCGGACGCGCCCGGGAGGCGGAGCCCGCCCGGGGCCGUCCGCCGGGCUCCCAGCGAAGGACCUGCCGGGUCUGCGGUGAGGGGUUUCCCUCCGGCGGGGCCAGGGAUGCGCGCCGCGGGCCCAUCUCGUGCCCGGCGUGCGGGAAACGCUUCUUCGAUCAAAAGGGAAACGUAACGGCGCGGCGCCGCCCCCGUGCGCAGAACCCUCGGAGCGGCGGCGCGGACGACAGCAGAAGAUGCGGGCCCGGCGACCGCCCGAACGACGAGCGUCCCGGCUCUGACCUCGGGGACGGCGUCCAAUUUAGCGUUCCCGUCCGGGACGACGGCGCCCAAUUUAGCGUUCCCAUCCGGGACGACGGCACCUUCCCGUGCGAGGCGGCGCCGCCGCUGUCGUCGUGCCAAGCGUGCGGCAAGGCCUUUCCCGGCAAGAGGGCCCUGAACCGCCACGCCAGGCUGCACACAGGCGAGCGGCCCUUCAUUUGCGAGUUCUGCGGCAAGACCUUUGCCGAGAGGGCGGUCCUAAAGCGGCACCUGAAACGACACGCGGGCGGCGGGCCGCGCACCCACGGCUGCGAGGCCUGCGGCAAGACCUUCGCCACCGCCCAACACCUGCGCGUCCACCAGAGGAUCCACACGGGCGAGAAGCCCUACGCCUGCCCGGCCUGCGGCAAAAGCUUCCGGCAGGCGGGCAACCUGUCGGCGCACGCCAAGAUCCACUCGGGCGAGAAGGCCUUCGUCUGCAGCCUGUGCGGAAAGAGCUUCCGCCAGAAGAUCUCGCUGGAGACGCACGAGCGAUUCCACCGGCAGGAGCGGGCCUUCGCCUGCCCCGACUGCCCCAAGCGCUUCGUGCAGAAGGCGGACCUCAAGCGCCACGCGCUGACGCACUCGGGCGAAAAGCCGCACGCCUGCCGCCUCUGCCACAAGCGCUACCGGGAGAAGCGCUCGCUGGAAGCGCACGCCAAGGCGCACGCCCGCGCUUGCCUGACCUCAGACGGCGGCCGAGCGACGAGCGCGCUUGUUUGAGAGCCCCCAAAGUCACGGAUGACAAAAGGGACCUUUGUCCUGAAACUGAACGCGUACCUUUGGCGUCCACCUGAUUGUUGUUGUUUCAUUGCUGUCAAAAUGACAAACUCUGAUGUCUAGUGGCUUCAUUCAUGCUACCUUUGCGCAAAAGCUUUUUUCUUGCCAGACCCUAACCCAUAGUUAGGCUAGGUCUUAAUGCACAAAUCCAAUUUUUCGUCAUAUCUGAUUUUUGGCAUGCCCGUUCAGACUGCCUUUGUCCAUUGAGACCGUUCAAGUAUGACGCAUGCGCACUCAUUCGCAGUCCGACACGCGCUGAGCAAGAAGACCCGUGUGCGCAGAAGCAUCAAAACAAAUGACCACACGUGCCGUCUGUCAUUCCAGGGAAAUCGUAGUUUGAUUUCCAAAAAGAGGACACAAAUAACAGAUAUAAAUAAUCCCCGUUUAGGCUUAGGGUUUAAAGUUCAUUUGGAUCGAUUGCACGCACGCGCUGUCUGUGCAUGUCACACACACAUACGGGCAGUUGCCCCGACUGUCUGCCGUGUAAGCAAUCUAGAAAUAUUGCUCAUAUAGAGCAGAGAGAAAACCCAGCAUUCUGAGGCCCAUUUUUAUGACUCGUCAAGCCCGACCCUUCCCCAAAAGCCGUGUUCGAGGCAAGCUAGGCGCUAACGCACAGCUUCCGUAGCGCCCCGUCUCUCUCGUUCUUUGAGACAUCAUGAAUUCCGAUUUGGGAGACAUUCUUGUGGCCCAGAUCGGAUUUGAAACGGUCCACUUCAAGUUAAUGCCUCACUCGAAUCGGAAGAACAUGAAAAAAUUGGAUUCGUGCCGUAAGACCUGCAGUACGAACCUAGCCUUGGAGUCAUCGACACCAUUUGUACACCAAAACGAUCAAAAUUGUCAUGCGACGCAAGGUCUUUUUGUUUGACGUCCCAAAAAUGACCGCCCGAAAAUGUGGCUUUUUUUCUAUGUAAUUUUAAAGAAAAAGUGAAAAAAUGCUACGUGUCCUAUAGCUUUUGUCCAAAUCACAUCAUUUUACAGGAUCAAGACACAUCCAAAUCAGGCUAUUGUU